UAAAGCAUUUUAGUGACAACAAUACUUUGGUUUCAGACAUUUACAAAUAGCUGAACCGUUCGCACGAUCCACUAGCGCAGGGCUAACUUAGAAGUUUAUCUACACCAGUCAAAUACACUUUAAUAAAAUAAAUAUGGUUUACUCUUCGGACUUUUACACUUCUCGCAGGCCGGCGUACUACAAACCAGCCAGUUCUUAUUCAGUCACCCCACUGUACUCGUCCGAUGGCUAUGAUUUGCCACCUACUUACUACAAGGCGCAUCAAGUAUAUCAGACGAGUACUACACCUACUCCGUUUAUUCUGACACCAUCGUUAUCAACCGGCAAACCUUCUCCAAAUGUUUUACCUUACAACGGUUAUCCUUAUACUCACCAUCAUUAUGUACCAAUGCACAGAAGAUCCGCAGCUACAAUUCAUGGUGUUUUAGAUAGGAUAGAACAUCGUCCAAGAUCUCAUCCAUCGUACGACCCUACUGAUGAAUAUCUAAACUCUAGGAGUUCUACAAACUUUGAUGAUGUUACAAGAGACAUUCGAGCUCAAACCGCUGGAUUGCUUAAACAAGUAUACACUCCUACAAUCAGACCCAAAAUAUCUUCGGUGUCUAAUGGAUAUAGUGAAUUACCUGUAUCACAACGUAUAGAAUCUGAUGCUUAUAUUGAAAAAAUCCUUUCUGACUCAGAUUCUUAUCGCCGCGAUAACAACAUUGGUAAAGGACACUUAGCUUGUGUGUCGUAUGCUGGUGGUAAGGCAUACCCAAGGAGAAGGCCACAUUUGUCAAAAGAAGUUGACGACAAUAUCACUAUGUUGUCUUAUUACAAUAAAACAAGAGAAGCUGUAGCGUCAUCUUCGACAAAUCCAACAGUUAAAGUAAACAGUACAGACAGUUCAGUGAAUAACUAUCGAGAAAAAAAGUUAGGCGACGAUAACAAAAAUAAUUUUUAUAAAAACGAGUCCACGUCUAACAACAAUUUAGCAGCCGAAAAGGAAGCAGCAGAAAAGAAAGCAGCUCGAUUAUUAGCUGAAGAGAAAGCAGCUAAAGAAGAAGCAGCACGACUAGCAGCUGAAGAAGAAGCAGCUCGAGUAGCAGCUAAAGAAGAAGCAGCUAGAGUUGCAGCUGAAGAAGAAGCAGCUAAAGUCGCAGCUGAAGAAGAAGCAGCUAGAGUCGCAGCUGAAGAAGAAGCAGCUCGAGUAGCAGCUGAAGAAGAAGCAGCUAGAGUUGCAGCUGAAGAAGAAGCAGCUAAAGUCGCAGCUGAAGAAGAAGCAGCUAGAGUCGCAGCUGAAGAAGAAGCAGCUCGAGUAGCAGCUGAAGAAGAAGCAGCUCGGGUAGCAGCUGAAGAAGAAGCAGCUCGAGUAGCAGCUGAAGAAGAAGCAGCUCGGGUAGUAGCGGAAGAAGAAGCAGCUCGAGUAGCAGCUGAAGAAGAAGCAGCUCGGGUAGCAGCGGAAGAAGAAGCAGCUAGAGUAGUAGCUGAAGAAGAAGAAGCAGCUCGUUUGGCGUUGGAAAAAAAAGUUGAAGAAACUGAAGAAAUCGAAGAAAUUGAUCAAUCUGAACAACAAAUCUCGGAAUCUCAAGAAAGUAAUGCUGCUGCGGUUGCAAAAUCGUCAACUAUAACCACCUCCACUGAAAUAAUUAACGAAGAUGAAGGAGGAGUUAAAACUACGGCAGUAUUUCAACGAACAAUCAAACAGACAACUACCAUAACAAGUAGUACCUCUGUUGUGUCUGAAAAUGAUGAUGAUAUUAAUACAAAGGUUGAAAUACACGAGAUAGUUGAAGAAAAUGGUGAUAGUGGUGAAGACGAACAUGACACCGAGCAUCUAGAUGCUGCUCAAGCAGAAGGACAAGAAUCAUCUGAGGAGGAAGAUGAAUCAGAAGAAGAGGAGUCCGAAGAAGAGUAAAAAUGUUCGUUAUACUAAAAUAUAAUUUUAUUUAAAUUAUUUAUUUCAACAUAACUUAUGGUAAUUGUUUUUAAUAUUUAUAAUAUAAUUUAAAUGGGUUAAGUUUCUAUACACA